GCGUGGCCAUUGGCUGAGCGGAAGCAAACUGUGAUCAUAUGACGUUAGUCACGUGAUAAGGAUAUCUUGGAGCUUUGAGGAGGUGUUAGAAGUGCAGUAGCUUGGGAUGCCUGCUCUACCUGCAGGGGGCGCUGUCACGAUGCCUCAGAAGUCUUCCCAGGAGAUUCAUCCCUUCUCCGUUCCACUUAUCCAGCCAGAUCUUCGAAGAGAAGAGACCAUCCAGCAGAUUACGGAUACACUGCAGCAUUUGCAGAGUGUAGCCAAUGAUAUCUUCAGCAGGAUUGUGCAGCGGGUGGAAACCAACCAGCACCAACUGCGGGCAAUAAAUGAACGAGUGAACUUAGCCCAGGCAAAGAUAGAGCGAAUUAAAGGUAGCAAGAAAGCUAUAAAGGUGUUCUCAAGUGCCAAAUACCCUGCUCCAGAACGGCUUCAAGAGUAUAGCUCCAUAUUUGCUGGUGCUGAGGAUUUAUGGACAGAGAAGAGAGCUCGACACAAGAUACAGAAUAAGCACCGGCCCCUGGAUGAGCAGGCCAUGUUGGAGAAGCUGAAAUAUCACCCACUGUAUGUUAACACAAAAGCGAAAGAAGAGGAAAGUGCAGAGGAUGGUUUAGGAAGCCUGCCUCGGAACAUCAAUUCGGUCAGCGCUCUGCUUCUCUUCAACACAAAUGAGAACCUAUAUCGGAAGUAUGUAUUUCUGGAUCCGCUAGCUGGUGUUGUGAGUCGGACUAACCCAGCUUUAGAAGGAGAGGAUGAGGAGAAACUCUUUGAUGCACCUUUCUCAAUCAGCAAACGAGAGCAGUUGGAGCGGCAGACUGCAGAGAAUUACUUUUACGUACCAGAUUUGGGGCAAGUUCCUGAGAUAGAUGUCCCCUACUACUUGCCAGAUCUGCCUGGGGUAGCUGAUGAUCUAAUGUACAGUGCAGACCUUGGACCAGGUAUUGCUCCUUCAGCUCCAAGUGGUCCUAUUCCUGAACUUCCGACCUUCAAUACAGAGGAAACUAUUGAACCUUUGAGACCAGAUACACAUGAUGGGCAACUACUGCCACCACCUCCACCACCACCUCCUCCACCACCUCCGCCACCACCACCACCUCCUGGACCAGAGGUCUUUGUACCACCUGCACCUCCUCAGCCCCCACCGAUUUCUGUUACUCCAAGUGGAAGAGGCAGAGCUGAGAGUGAAGACCCAGCUGCUGUAAGAAAAGCUCCUAAGGAAGUGGUUGAUCCCUCUACUGGACGGGCAUCAUUGCUGGAGUCCAUCCGUCAGGCUGGUGGAAUUGGGAAAGCUAAAUUGCGCAAUGUCAAAGAGAAGAAACUGGAGAAAAAGAAGAUGAAGGAAAAAGAACAAGUCCAAGCUACAGUAGGAGGCGGUGACUUAAUGUCCGAUCUCUUUAACAAGCUACAAAUGAGACGCAAAGGAAUUUCUGGAAAGGGUCCAGCUGCUGGAGACGGAAGUGGAGAUGCUACGACCGGGGCAUUUGCACGAAUUUCUGAUACAAUCCCACCUCUACCCGUGCCACAGCCUGCCUUGGGCGAUGGCGAUGAGGAUGACUGGGACUCAUAGCCCUGACCUUGGAGUAUUACUUCAAGGCAUUCCACUUGGGUAUCUGCCCUUCUGCAGCUUCUCAACAAACCAGCUCAGUGCAGGACUGUAUUAACACUGAAUUAACAUGGAGAGUGAGGGUGUUAUGUGGGCCCAUCAACGCUAUAUCUCCUGUCUAAUGUGCAAAAAAUAUAUAUUUUUUUUCCUUUCCUGACAUUCGUCUAUUUAAUUUUGUGCCUAAAGUGAUUAUUAAAGCUCAGGUCACACAGAUACAGUUUUCAAUUACAUACCAGGAAUAAUACUUUUCUCCUGUGGUUCUAGAGCUUCUGGCUGUAUCCAAGCUGUCAAUCAGUAUUUAUUUCUCUUACUGCAGCUAAGCAUGUUUUACCCAACUUGCCUAAUAUGACAGUUUGUCUAUUUUAGAAGUUAACAGCUUAGAAGGACAGCAACCAGUAAUAAUGAAAUGGUCUCGUAUUGUGUAGUUUUAAUCUUUUUGUUUUAGCACUACAAAGCGAUUCGGCUGAAUUUUUCUUUUAAAAAACAUUUAUUUCAUAUUAAGAGGCAGCAUUUAAUUUGAAUAUAAUUUUGUUUC